AUGUCGGAGGCAACCACGAAAGCAUGCGCCAAAGCCCUCCUCGCCAGUUGGAUCAGUCGAUUCAGAGUGCCAGACGAGAUCACGACGGACCGCGGACCAGUUUUCCUGUCGGAGUUGUGGACCACCCUGGCCCGCCUAAUGGGGACAUCGCUACACCCCACCACUGCCUACAACCCAGCAGCUAACGGCAUGGUGGAGAGAGUCCACCGAUCGUUCAAGGCUUCCCUAAUGGCGCGCUUCACCGGCGAAAAUUGGAAGAGCCAGCUACCAUGGGUCCUCCUCGGUCUCAGGACCGCCCCGCGGGCGAACGGCGAGGCAUCACCCGCGGAGAAGGUAUACGGGGAGCCAUUAACAGUCCCUGACGAGUUCUUCCCGACCAAUGCUGACGACGCCGACGUCUCCAUCGCCAGGCUUCGGGUGGGAAUCGGCGGAAUUCACACCCUGCGUCAAAACCUUCUCCGACAGGACCAAACGCUUCCUCCCAAAGGCCCUAUCAUCGUGCAAACACGUCUUCAUCAGGGACGACACCUGCCACUAACGAGACCCUACCGAGGCCCCUUCCGCGUCCUACAAUGCACUGACAAGGCUCGUAGCCGCGGCCGCCCUCGGAAGACGGUCGAACCCCCCGAGGAUCACCUCAGGGGAGGCAUCCCGUCCCCAGAAACCCCCGAAGAUCUACCACAGCAACUGAUAUCGCGCACCCGAGGGCGGCUCUGCCGCCCAGCUCACUUCCUCGAGUAA